GGUGGUUGCUGUAUGAGUGUUGGUCCUGGCUACAUGAAGCUGGAAGGCAUUGCCAGGAUGCCCUGCAAGACUCCCACUUCCCACCUCUAUCUGUCACCCUCCCCUCCCAACAGCACCCCACUUCCCACCGCUAUCUGUCACCCCAUCCCCAACACACUCCCACUUCCCACCUCUAUCUGUCCAGCUCUCAUCCCCAUCACACUCGCCACUUCCCCCGUUUUCUCCAGGGUGGUUCUGUAUGAGUGUUGUCCUGGCUACAUGAAGCUGGAAGGCAUGAAAGGAUGCCCUGCAGUGGCUCCUAUAGACCAUGUGUAUGGCACAUUGGGCCAGGUGAAGGCUAGUACCACCCAGGAGUAUUCUGAACUCUCUAAGGUGAGGGAGGAGAUCGAAGGGAAGGGAUCAUUCACCAUGUUCACCCCUAGCAACGAAGCCUGGGACCUGCUGGACCCUGAGGUGCGUAGUGCCUUGGUGAGCAAUGUGAACGUCGAGCUGUACAACGCCCUGCACUACCACAUGGUCAACCGACGCAUGCUAACGAAAGACCUGAAGAACGACAUGUCUAUCACCUCCAUGUACAACAACAUGGGACUCUACAUCAAUCACUACUCCAAUGGGAUCGUCACAGUGAACUGUGCCAGGAUUAUCCAUGGGAACCAGGUGGCGACCAAUGGGGUGGUACAUGUCAUCGACCGCGUCAUCACCGCCGUGGGCAACACUAUCAAGGAUAUCCUGGAGGUCAACGAAGACCUCUCAUCCUUCAGUGCUGUGGCCUUGGCCUCGGGUGUGAUGGAUAAAAUGGGCCAGCCAGGUCACUUCACCCUGUUUGCUCCCACCAACGAGGCCAUGGAGGACCUCGGGGCCAGCUUCCUGGAACGCAUCAUGGGAGACAAGGCAGUCAUCGGAGGUAGCCAAUCAGAAUACCAAUCCAAGGAGGUGAUGGAGCUGGUUGGUGAAUCCCAGAGCACCUUCAGUGACAUGGUGUCAGAGCUCGGCCUAUCAGCUGCCAUGAAGCCAGAGACAGAGUACACGCUAUUGGCUCCCCUCAACCCUGUUUUCUCUGAUGAGGUGAUGUCUAUAGACCAGAAUAUGCUCAAGGUGAUCCUACAGAACCACAUCCUGAAGUCUAAACAUACACUGAGUGAACUCUACAACGGACAACUGCUAGAAACCGUCUCUGGGAAGCUAUUGCGUGUCUUCAUCUACCGCACAGUGAGUGUGU